CCCUCCCACCGCCCGGUCCCGCCCCUCUCUCCUCCCAGAGGCGGGACUUCCCCUGGUCCCCGGAAGAGGGAGGAGCGUCGCUUGUCUACAGCUGGUGCCUGGGGCGGAGGCGGAGGCGGAGGCGGAGGCAGAGGCGGAGGCGCUUUGAAAGAAGCUUAAGUGAAAAUGGUACAUGUUAGAAGACAUGAAACAAGGAAAAAUUCUAAAAGUCACGUGCCUGAGCAGAAAUCUCGAGUUGAUUGGAGGCGAACCAAAAGAAGCAGUAUCUCACAAUUAUGUGAUAGUGAUGAAGAGCUUGAUAAUGAUGAAGAAUUUGAUAGUGAUGAAGAGCUUGAUAGUGAUGAAAGUGUUGAUAAUUAUGAAAGUUUUGAUGAUGAAGAGCUUGAUAGUAACAAAGGAUUUGAUUGUAAUAAAACACCAGGAAGUGAAAGAGAGCUUAAAUUAAGUAAAGUUGAAAGUCAAGGAAACGACAGUAAGAAUCUCAUUAACUCUGGCAACAGUUCAACCUAUGUAGAAGAAAUGAACAAAACUAAACAUAGGAAUAUUGACUUACAAGAUCAGGAAAAACAUCUAAGUCAAGUGGAUAAUGUUCUCAACAAACAAACUGGACAAAUAAUAGAGGAUGAUUUAGAAGAAGAACACGUCAAGCGAGGAAAAAGAAAAAGGCUAUCCUCUGUGAUGUAUGACAGUGAUGAGAGUGAUGACAGUGAUAUCCUAGUUAGAAAAGUAGGUGUUAAACGUCCACGUAGAGUGGUUGAAGAUGAAGGUUCUUCAGUGGAAAUGGAGCAAAAAACUCCUGAACAAACAUUAGCUGCACGAAAGCGAGAACAACUUCAGAAGCUGAAAGAACUCUCAAAACAAAGAUCUCGUCAGAGACGCAAUAGUGGUAGAGAUUUUGAGGACUCUGAAAAGGAAUCCUACCCAAGCAGUGAUGAAGAUAAUGAGGAGGAAGAAGAGGAUGAUUAUGAAUCUGAUGAAGAUGGAGAUGAUUAUAUUAUCGAUGACUUUGUAGUGCAAGAUGAGGAGGGAGAGGAAGAGAAUAAAAACCAACAAGGAGAAAAAUUGACUACAUCACAACUGAAAUUAGUAAAACAGAAUUCUCUUUAUUCUUUUAGUGACCACUAUACUCAUUUUGAAAGAGUUGUGAAGGCUCUUCUGAUCAAUGCUUUAGAUAAAUCUUUCCUGGGAACAUUGUAUGAUGGCACGAGGCAAAAAUCAUAUGCAAAAGAUAUGCUCACAUCUCUUCAUUAUUUGGAUAACCGCUUUGUUCAACCUCGUCUAGAGAGUUUGGUAUCUAGAAGUCGUUGGAAAGAACAAUAUAAGGAGCGGGUAGAAAAUUAUUCUAAUAUAAGUAUUCGUUUGAAGAAUCCUGAAAACUGUCCCUGCCAGGCUUGUGGACUGCAUCGCUACUGUAGAUAUUCAGUGCAUUUAUCAGGAAAGUUGUAUAACACCAGGACCAUGGAAAUAGAUGAUUUCAUGUCACAUGAUAAACAGGUGUUCACUGUUGGCAGAAUUUGUGCUGACCGUACCAGAAUUUAUCAUAAACUGAAACAUUUUAAAUUCAAACUGUACCAGGAAUGUUGCUCCAUUGCAAAGACAGAAGAAGUUGAAGAUGAACAGGUUAAAGAAACAGUGGAAAGAAUUUUCAGUCAAUCAAAAGAAAAUGGCUGGAUUGAGGAGAGUAUAGGACUCACCUCUGCUUGUCUGCUUCCUAUUCUUUAGAACAGUUCUUGUGACCUGAGAGUGAAGAAGCACCUGGUGCCAGUCUGAGGAAAGGAUCUCGGCUGCCAGUUCUAAUACCACCCACAUCCUCUUCUUGAGGACAUGGGACUGAGCAGUGAGCACUAUAACUGAAGAUCAAGGGGAAUGCAGAGGUUUCAGGCCACGGCACUGAUUUUGACUCCCCCCAUAUCCUAUUGAUCACUAAAUUUGAUAUCAGGAGUAAAGUGGGGGCUUUGAAGAGUGCACUGGAUUCCCGAAGAUCUGCUGGCAGCUCAUAAGCUCUGGUCUGCUCACAGAGCUUUUAGAAUUGUUUAUGGUAUAUGGAAAUAAUGCUAAUAAGACUGCAGUCUUCUAAAACCAGUCUAGUUACAUGAAUAUAUAAGAGAGAACAAAUCGUAGAUUUUCAGGCAACUCAUAUCAACAUUUAAUCUUCAAAAGAAAAAAAAAGCCUGACCUGAGAUCCAUUGCCUGGGUUAUAUCAUAGGGACAUUUGUAAAAGAGGAAUAUAAAAAAUAAGGCAAGAGAGCUUAGAAAACAAACUUAUUGGCAAAGGGAAAGAAAAGAGAAUAGGAACGUUCUUAGGACAUGUCAUGUUUAGUGGAGGUCUCCCAGUCUAGAGAAUGACAUCAUUAUUGAUUUCCCUUUAACAAUUAUUCUCCCACCACAAACCACCACCCAGUGAUCUUGCCUGCCUCCCACAUCUUGAUCCUUACGUCUUCUUUCUCUCAUUUUAUUCUCUUCAGCUUUUUGCCUUUUACUUUGCUUCUACUUCUCCUACCCCAAAUGCUUCUCCCCGCUUACCUAUACUCUUUCAUUUGCCUUAGGAGAGAGCCAUCACUUAUUCAGUAACUUCCCAUCUUCAUUUUCCUAGACAACAUUAAAUUCUUAAGUGCUUUUAUUGAUGCCUUUAAGUGUUGCCAACUCUCUAGUAGAAUUGCAAAACCUAUUGGGGUGGCACAGUUAUAAAGAAUUGGAUACUAUGUAUAGAAAAAUCACUGUGCAUAUACUGUAUAUGUUAUAUAAUAGUAUCAUAUAUAGGGAAGAACACUGAACUUCUUGCAGAAAAAACGCAUUUUCAAGUCAUGUGUCCCAGAGAAAGCUUAACAAGGUUUAGGACACCAGAAGGGACCUGGAAUUUUUAAAAAACAUAUUCUUUUUGCAUAAUAUAACACUUGGCUCUCUUAGGAAAAGAAAGGAGCUUAGCCUUUCUUUUCAAGAAAGCUAACUGUCAUAUUAUGCAUAAAGAAUAAUGUUUAGCAUUAGGCAUUGAAGGUAUUUCAAGAUUUUACAUGUCUAGGACAAUAUGCACAUUUUUUCCACAUAAAAAUAGCAAAGAUCUUCAUUUUUUUUUGAGAUUCCUCCACUUAAAAAAUUUGUUUGUAGGUUUUCUCAAAAGAUUUCCUAGAAACCACAGAAGUUUAUAGCCAAUAUAAACCCAUUUGCAGCUUUUUGUGCUAUGAUGAAAUUUCAAAAUUUGUCAAGUGCUCUGAUAUUUCUCAUCCUCACUCUGUCCCUGUCACUGUGUGCCUUUGGGUGAUAGCACUGCAUGUGCUUUGUGAUGUGUGCCGCCUUUGGCUACAGUCUGGUAGAGUUACUCUAACCUUUUAGAAUGCCUGGGGCUCAGGGUUACUUGAAUGCCAUCUCCAUAGCACCUUCUGCUAAUAUUUCCCAAUUAUGCCAACCCCUUUUUUUGCCUUAGACAUACUAUUUGCUUCUGUCUUUCUGCCUCUGGCUUGUAUUCUACACCUUACUUUUUCCCUUACCUGCUUCUUAAGCCAUUUUACUUUCAUUACCUCAGGAUGUCUCAGCCAGCAGGUCUUCCCAAAGACAUGCCAACUAGACUGACUUCAUUCUUCUUGUUCUUCCUUCUAAAGGCUGAACUAGGGUGAUCCACUUUUAAUGUAAUAAUACUAAAGGGGUGUAGGAGCAACUCAAGUAUAAGAAAAGAACAAAUAAUAGGAAAAUUUUAAUAAAACCAAAAUACAUAGUAAACAUAAUAAUGCAUGUCUUAUUCUGAAGAACAGUUCAAUAACAUACUCUAAUAUGACACUGGCAAAAUUCUAACAAAUAGUUGUUCAUUAAGAAGAAAGUGUAUAUGAUGAUGGGAUUUCCUGAGAAGUUGAAGAUAGGAUUAUUGGGAUUGGCUGGUGGAUGCAUGAACACCAGGUAGUAAAGAAAGCAUGUCAAUAGAAGUAUCAAGUGCCAUUUUAUUCUGUAAAUACUGUAUGUAAAACUGUUACAAGUGACAGUUGUAUGUAAAUGUUAAAUGUAUUGAAGAAUAGUUAUAUGAAUCAUAAUUUAAAAUUAUAAUUAGAUAUCCCUUGGCUUCCUUUUCAACUUUUUCUUUCCCUUUUUUCCCACCUGUAAACUGAUGCUUCUCAAAACAUGGCCCUAAACUAUGUCAGAAUCACCUAUAAGUUUUUGAAUAAUGUAUAAUCCCCUAGCCUCAUCCCAGAUUUAUUGAAUGACAAUCCUUGUGGAUGUUAAACAACCAAUAUUUUUAGCACUGGUGACUCUUAAGUAGAUAAAAGUUUGAGGAUCGCUGCUAAAAAGUACCUGUUAACACUGAAUUCUGUCCUCAUCUUCUCAGUUUCCUUUGCAAAUAAUUUCCCUUCUGCAUCUGCAGUUCCAGCUGCUACUUCUGAGUAGACGAUUCCAAACUUCUCUUAUAUUCUGACCUCUUUCCCACACUUCAUUUCCACAAUUCUAACUGUUUUCAUCAGUAGGUCCAUCAGGCAUUGUAAGAGAGUAGUCGUCACUAUUGAAAUAAGACCCAAACCCUCCAAAUUUUUAGUAUAGAAUUAUGAGAGCAGCAUCUUUAGGGGGAGAGGAUAGCAGAGUAAUACUAACUGCAAUGUUGUGAGUUUCACUUUCCUUUUCAAGAUUUUUAUUUUUUUUCUUGCCAAAGCUGCAUCCCAACCACACCAUUUAAAUCUCAGAAACAGCAUACUCAUACUGGUUAAAAAUGUAGGCUUAAGUAUUUGCUUUGCCUCUUACUAGCAGUAGAAUUUGGGAGCAAGCUAUUUUAUUUCUCUAAGCCUAAGUUUUCUCAUCUGUAAAGUGGCAACUAAAACAGUAAUAAUGAUAAGGGUUUUGAUUGUGGAGAUUAAAUAUGUAACAUGUUUUAAGCAUUUUGUAUAUUUCCUAUUAGUAAGUGAUCAAUUAAUCUUAACUGUUAGUUGCAAUGAAAGCAAGGAGAGGUUUUCCUUCCUCCUAUCUUAGUAGAGCUGAGAUAAAUUUUAAUUGUCCUAGGUGGGUGUGGUGGUACACAGCUAUAGUCCCAGUUACUUGGAAGGCUGAGGUGGUAGAAUCACUUGAGUCCAGGAGUUCAAGGCCAGCCUGAGCAAGAUAGUGAGACCCUGUCUCUUAAAAUAUUUUUUUAAUUUUUAAUUUUUAAUAAAUAAUAUAGAGGAUAUGAAGAAAGAUAAUAUGAAAAGCAUUAAAACAUUCAAACUUUUAAAUUAUAGGUUUCUAAUCCUAGAGUACUUUACUUGUAUCUAAUAAAAUCUAUCUAAGUACUAGGCCAAAGAAAAUUCCUAAGUAGUCCCAAGGACUACUUUAUGUUCUUCUGUCUUUCCUGAGAAGGAGAUCCAGUCAGAUAUCAUAGGAUUAUAAAAAAGAGUUUCAUGGUCUUCAAGGUCUAAAAGGAAAGUGCACUUCUCACAUUCCCUUCUGUAGGUCCCUGUCACCACAAAAGUCUGGGUCUCUGGGUUCCUCUCUCAUUUCACUGAGGAUUGAAACAGAGUCAGGAAACCAGUAUGUCAUUAAUCUCCUCACCGAAGUAAAUACUUUGAACACUGUAUGUCUGAAACUGAAAUCAUGUAUCUCUUUCCCUCACACAAACAGCCUGCAAAAUAACCCUGCCAUUACUCUACUCUGUCAACUUCGAAAUCUCUAAAUCAUUCUUGACUCCUCUCUUAACUUGUUCCACCUUGUUCUUUACUCUUCCUCUUCAUUGCUAUCACUCAAAUUUGGAUCCUCAUGACCUAAAUUGUUAUCAUAGACUCAUAACUAGUUGCUGAACUAUUCUAGAAUGAAUACUUUACCAAUUUUCUUAAAGUACACCUUAGAUCAGUUCAGUCCCCUCCUCCAAAACCUUUAGCCAUUUUCCAUUACCUGUCAAAUGAUUGUUCAACUGUUUUGCCAGUAUUUUAUAAUUUGUAUUCUCUGAACUCAGUCUCUUUGGUUCAGUAUUUUUCUCUCUCUGUUCUCUUAAAAAUACCCAGGUUGUAGUCAAGUCCCAUAUUUUCUUGUCAUGUCACUGUUUGGUGGUCUAUUGUCUUUUACUGAAAACUCUCGCCACCAACUCUUUGGCUACCAAAUCUGUUUUCCCAGGACAACUUAAAUGCCACUCUUUUGCUGGUUACCUCUACUAACCAUGACAUCUCUUCUGAACCUCAUGACAGUGUCUGUACCUCUUUUGGCACUUAUUACUGAUUGUUAUUGGUGUAUUACUACUGAACUCUAUUCUCCUUAGGGGAAGGGAAAGUAUCUUUAAAACUUUGUACAUGGACAGUCAUAGCAGAGCCUUUGAUAUAUAUGUUCAACAAAUUUUUUAUCAAGUUAUUGAAGUUACUACAUUUCUACUCUAAAUAUGAUAAUAGAAAAUUUGUAAUUUACAACACGGUUAGAAAAUUAAUAAUGUUAUUCACUUUGAUCUCUUUCCAGUGCUUUUUAUGAAUUGGAAAUGCUUAUUUGAAAUUAAAUUUCUGUUUAUCAUAAAAAGAUUUUUGUUCACGAUUACCAUGAAAUGAACUUACCCUAAUUGUGUCUGUAGUUUGCAAAGGCCCAGUUUAUCUUCAUUGCUUUGAGUAAAAUAACUAGCUUUUCUAUUGUAUAUGCAGAAAUAUGGUCGACUUGAAGAAUAUCUCAAUUCUGCGGAUUACUUUCAAGAAGAGAAGUUUGACUGAAUUGUAACACAUUUCCAUCAGAGAAGAUUUUUUAAAUUCCUAUAAAUGUGAAGAUCAUGAUUCUUGUUUUUCUGUAUCAUGUGACAUAUUUAUACAUUUUAUAUAUAUCUUCAUGGCAAAAUAUUUUGUUUAAAACAUGGUUAUCUUUAUUCCUGUGAAAUGGCACUCUAUAGUCUGAUUGAACUUUUAUGUGAUGUACAUAAAACAUUAUCUUAAUAAUUUUUAAGUCUGUAAAUGUAUUUUAAAGUUAUAUAAUAAUGGCUUUAUAACAGAUGACUGUCAACUGAAUGAGCUGUCCAUGUCUUGCCAAUUUAGUCAAAAUAUUUUGUAUUUUAAAAAUAUAGACUAACAUAUACAUGUAUUUUUGCUGAAUUCCUGACCAGACCUGUUUAUUAUCCUUUUACAGUAUUAGGUCAUUUUCACUAACAUAUUUUUUACUGCUAUCAUCAAAUCCGUGGGCCAUGGAAGAAACCUCAAUAUAUCAUUCACUUCAAUCCCCUGGCUUCAGAAACAGAUUGUUGCAUAUCCAUUCUAAGUAGAGGAAUGAUUGUUUUUCUUUUCUAGAAAGUUUCUCUUUCAAACAUAUUUCCAAUCUCCAGAGAGUCUUUCAGCCUUCACAUUCAGGAACAAUUUUAUGUAAAUUUUCAUGCUUUAUAAUGUUGAUGCUUUUUUCUGUUCAAUUUUGUCUAUAUGUUAAUGAUUAAGAUUUUUUUUUUAUUUUUAGCCAUAACUUUUUUCAUGUAAGUAUAUAUGUUAGUGUCAGAACUGCUGAGCGAUAAAUUCAGCCAAAAACACUUGGAAAGCAUAUUUUAGUAUCUGCAUUGCUUUGCACAUCUAAAUUUUGCCAAAAAGUAAUAAAGCAAAAUUGAACAAAUGAA